AUUCUCAUUCGACAAUCGAGUUUUGUUCGAUAUGCCAUCGAUCAAUCGAUCGAUUAUCUUGGACGAGCUGGGGGGCGAGGGGGCGAGAUCGCACUGAUCGCCAGGCGAGCGACUUUUGCGCGGGUUUGACGUUUCAGACGUUUGACGGAUGAGACGGAUCUAUCAACCGUGCGCUAUCGCGAAAAGAGUGCGCGACGGAGAGGGAGAGACCGAACGGUCGAAGAAAGAAAGAGGAAGGAGAGAGAAUCGAGUCGCAAAAGCCAAGUGAGGGAGACGGUAGGUGCGCGGGGAGGCGGUCGCCUGAUGCGACGAGCUUCAGGCCGAUUGUGCCGAGGUGAAGCGCGAAGUUCGCCGCGCUACCCGACGAAGAGGACGCAUAAACGCUCGACUAGCGUGACGUAAGAGCGCCACGGCCACGGUCCCACUCGCACGUCGCACGUCGCCGGGCGUCGGGACGUUUAACUCUGAAUCCGAGCGAACGUUCCCUCUCGUCUAUUAGAAUCUGGAGAAAGAGGGAGAGUGGCGGGGGAGAGAGAGAGAAAGAGAGAGGAAGAGGAGGACGGCGAAGAAGUGUUCAGAUUCACUGGAUUCACCUAACCCAAAUCGAUCGGCGCGACCGGGCGAGGCGCUGGCCGCUGAGUCGCUGACUCGGAUCGCUCUUUUAUCGCCGGAUCUUAUCGAUGGUGCGCGAGAACCGAUCGGCCGCGAGCGCGUCGACUCUCAGCGCCGGCCGUGAGAUCAUCGCGCAAACAUUAUGACGGACGCUCGCCCUUGCCGCGACACGAAGGACCCUCCCUGCCCGUCCCGCGCUCUACCACCGUCGCCGCCGCCGCGCGAACACGUCGGCGAGGGAGUCGCGGAGGAUGCGCGAGCGUGAGCGCGAGUCGCGAGGCGUCGGUGUGUAGAAAAAGCCCUGUCUGCGGGGAGAUCUGGACCGGACCGGACCGGACGACGGGUUCGAUUUUUCGACCGAGUCACGACACUCUCUCACGACCGCCCCAGCCAACCAUGAAGAAGCAGUUUUUCCGGGUGAAGCAGCUCGCCGAUCAGAGGUUCUCCAGAGCUGGUAAGACGGAGGUGUUGACGGAUGAUCUGGUGGCUGCUGACAAGCAUGUUGAACAGAUCAGACUAGCUCUCACCGGUCUCAGCAAACGACUCGGAAAUCCGCCAAACCAAACCAUCACUCAAGAUCCAGCUCUCAAGGAAAAACGUCUGAAAAAAUGUCCCGAGUACACACUCGGGCAAACCAUGUUGGAGAACGCCGGCGAGGACGGUCUCAUGAGUUUUACGCUGGUGGAGUGUGGGCGAGUGCAGAUGUCGUUGGCUAACGAAGCCGUGGAACAUGAGGCUAAAGUCGAACAAUAUGUGGCCGCCCCGCUGCAACAUAUUUUAGACACUGAUGUACCAAAUAUAUUGAAGUAUAGGAGAAACUUGCAACGUCUUAUUUUGGACAUGGACAGCGCCAGAACGAGAUACUUCCAAGCGAUUAAACACAGUACUGGUGCAGGCGCAACAAAGAUAGAAAGCUUGAGGGAAGAAUUAGAAGAUGCCGAAUUGAAAGUUGAGCAAUGCCGAGAUCAAUUGGCCGCAGAGAUGUUCCAGCUUAUGUCGCGAGAGACUGAACUAGCUCAGACGAUUAUUCAGUAUAUAAAACUUCAACGAGCGUAUCAUGAAAGUGCAUUGCAUUGUCUUGAAGAUCUUAUACCCACAAUGGAGAGCUAUAUUAAUGAUAACGAAAUGAAGCCAGUAUACGGAUAUCCUCUUGAAGAGCACCUUAGGGUAACAAACAGAAAAAUCGCACUGCCCAUACAACUGUGUGUAUCCGCGUUACUGCGUCUGGGUAUGGAGGAGGAAGGCCUUUUUAGAAUAGCUGGCGCCGCCUCGAAAUCACGACGAAUCAAGUUGAGCCUGGACGCCUGCUGUCUCAAUUUAACGACAGCCCUUGAAUACAAAGAUCCACAUGUUAUUGCUGGCGCGCUGAAAUCAUACUUACGGGAAUUGCCGGAGCCUUUAUUGACGUACAAAUUGUAUCCCGAAUGGAUGGCUGCUGCAAAAAUCUCGCCUAGCGACAUGAGAUUACGAGCUCUCUGGGAAGUAUUAUAUAAGUUACCACCGGCGAACCUAGAAAACCUGCGGUUUUUAAUUAAGUUUCUAGCUGUGCUCACGAAGAAUCAAGAUGUAAAUAAAAUGACGCCGCAGAACAUCGCUAUCGUCAUCGCGCCAAAUCUGAUUUGGAGUCCGCAAGAGGACGCAAAUACAAUAGUGAUGAACAUGAGUACAGCGAACAACUCUAGUCUUAUAGUAGACCAAUUAAUUACAUAUGCGGAUUGGUUCUUCCCCGGCGAGGUGGAUUUUGAUCGCGAUCUGGAAAUCGGGAUCGUGAACGAUACGGAACAUCAGACCAUCGGUAUGCGCCGUUGCGUAUCCAACAGCAGUCUCAGCGAUCACGGCGAGAGCCCGACGCAGGGCAGCCCGAAGCCAGCGGCACGACGGAAGAAUAAACCGGCGCCGACACCGCCGGGCGGCAAUACUCCGGAUCGGCACGAUAAACCGCCGCCGACACCGGACAAACCACCGAGAGCCUUGACAUCUACCCUGAAUCGAUCAACGUAUAAAAGCCAAAAGCACGAAGUGAAUACCGAAUUGAUACGACACGACAGCUACGUGGAGAAAUACGAGAAGCAUCCGGAGACGGAUGCAAAAUCGCAGUCAGUCUCAGAAUCGAUUCCGACGGAUGUUCAUCCUGACGAUGAUCCCGAGCGGUUGCAAGAGACCGUCGUUCACCAAAGUGAAGUCUUCAAUUACAAUGAAGCGGACAAAAGUGUUCAAGAACCGCAGAAAUGCGAUGCGAAAGUAAAUGUGCCGAGUGCAAAAGAGAAACCAAAUGGGAACUCGUCCGACAAUACGAGUGUUGCUAAAAUAAUUACAGAGAUGGAGCAUAACGAGACUAUAGUGCAGAGACCAAAACCAGUGCCUACGGAGAAGCCAUCCACAUUGGAAAGGAGAAGACCGGUCGCAGCACCGAGAAGUAUAACGAAUAUUGUACAUAACACAGCGGAAGAAGGAGUGGAGUUGCGUAAAAAGUCAGAUAGCAAUACGCAUAUAACACCGAAUGACAGAAGCAGUAAACCGGCGAUACCCGAACGACCGCCCGGCUUAAUUCGUCCGUCGAGUCUUAUCAGGCAGCAGCCGCGUUCUACUAAUGACAAUACAGAGACCGAUUCAGGGCCUUUAACCCUGGAACGGGCUCACGUGUAUUCCGUGGACAAACAGCAGGUCAGUAUAAUACAAGUGCGUGGGGGGAACAACGCCUUCCCGGGCGAGAGCACUGGCAACACGGCAACUUCGAACUUGCAGAGAAGCCCAAGCGUAGGUAGCAGGCCGUCGUCAAUGUCGUUGUACGGCACCGAACGCCCGGAGAAGCCCGAGAGGCCGGACGCGCCGCACGAGCAAGCGAAGGCGCACACACGCACCAGAUCGGAAGGUAAUAUUAUAGACGUCCAAACGCAGACCAACACGGUGGUGACGGUCCUCAAGUCGCCGCAGCAGAAGCCAGCCUCGCCGAGGGUUCACCAGCGACCACCGAGGCCACAGCCGCCGCCACCGCCGCCACCCACUGCACGACCUAAAUCGGAUCAAGAGAGUACCAAUCUCUAGCAAAGCACGGUACGAAGCAAGAGCCAAACGCGAUCUUGAGAAAAGGACACUCGAGGAUUCAGCGAUUUAUUACAGUUGAGAACGCAGUUUUACACGUGACGAUAUGUCACCGAUGGAAAAGUGGAUACGGAUUGUAAAAAGUUGAAUGGAAAUCUUCGUUCGAAUGAAAAAGUAUCGUGAUCGUAUUUAUACAAAGGAACAACCGAACGUCUGUUUGUUUCGGUUGAUUGAAAACGAGGCGAUCGUAUUCGUAAGUUUGAUAUAAGAUUCGGACACAGAGUUACUCUAUUUUUUUUUCCGUGAUCUCCCUAUUUGUACGACCUCUUAUUAUAUCUCGACGGAUAAUCCUUCGAAGAGCAUUCUGACAAUUGCCAUUAUACGAAAACGAGAGGAAGAUCCAAGUGUGCAUUUGGACGUUUUUAAAGGUGUUUUGCAUUCGGCAGCUGUUAGCACGCUGCGUGUGUGUGUUGUUUCCAAACCGUUUUAGGUACAUAUCUAAUUUCGUAAUCAAUCAUAAUAUUUUUGCAGCCUAUUAUCAAUUUUUAUACUUAUUGCGAAUAAGGAGAAACGAAUUCUAAGAGUAAGAACACUUCGCAUUUUCACCGUAAGCAUACAAGCGCACAAGACUCGGUGCGCUUAAUAUACACGUAAAAAUAUAACAGGAUUGACUUCAACCCGCGAAACGUUAAAUGACAGCUUUUGCGCUCACAGUACGAAUUUUCAACCGAUACGUCCAUUGAGAGGAAAACGAAUUAAUGUACGAGAUGACCGACAUGAUCAAUAUGUUGGAAUUGAUUCAACGGGUGAUAUUUAUUAGUGAAGAUUGUUUGUUAAUCGUUAUGGAACGCUGGAAGAGAUGAACGUAUCCUUUAUAUUCGACCGAUUUGCGACCCUGAAUUAUUGUUAAUACCUAAGAUUCGAAAGAACUUUUAAUAUAGUUAAAGUAUUCAUUUUUACAUGUUUAAAUCACGGUAUAUUUCUAUGCAAUGAACUCGUGAUCCCGAAUUAUCAGACUAACAAGGAAACCCACGGAAGUGUCCCCUUCCAAUUUUGAUGAAUUUUUAGUAUGUUCUCUAGAUGAAAAUAAGAAACACGUAUUAUUUUUUAUUUUAUAUUAAAGUACUUU